AUGCUCGCGACGCAAGCCCUGCGAUACGUCAAACGAUCUGACUUGAGAGUGUGUCUGGAAAACGGGACGGGGACUGACAGCGCGCCCGUUGCGAAGAUGGGCGGAGACGCCGAUCUUGCGCCGCACCGGCAUCUGCAGGUUCCGGAUCAGAUGGAUGGGGACGCUCAAGAGCGCGAUGUCGGAAAUCAGGUUGAAAAACUGGCGGAUGCGAGAUACAACACGCGUCGACGUCCGGACAGCGUCCCGGCUCUUCGGGUGUCCAGAUCUUGGUGCGUGGAGAGCGGGGAAAGAUCGGGACGAAGGAGAAGGCGGUAUAGGAUAUCGCGUUCGCGUCGAUCAAGCAUUGAGUAA